UCGGAAGGGGAGGUUUAGCAUGACGCAGACGCAGAACAACAACAUCCCGCGUCGCUUUCGCUUUGCAAAGUUUCAGGGGGUUCUAGAAUGUUGGGGGGGGAAAGACUUUGAAGUGGAAACCCCGUUUCCUUUUCCUCGGCGGGGUUCUAGAACGUUGGGGGGACCCGAAGGCUUUGAAGUCUUCGGAGAGGAACUCCCACUUCCUUUCCUCUCCCGGCCAGGCCAGCCGGGGAGAUGGAGGCGGAGGCGCAGCCGGACAGCCUGGAGGGGUGGGUGGCCGUCAAGGAGGACGCCUUCGGCCAGCCCGAGGCGCCCCACAAGCUGCGCUUCUUGGUGGCCUGGAACGCCCUGGAGGGCAAGUUCGCCGUGACCUGCCACAACCGCACCUUGCAGGAGCAGCCCGAGGGGGACGACGGCGGGCAGCAGCGGAGCUGGGCCGGCCUGUACUCCUCGCAGGCCCUGCAGGGCCUCCACCGGCAGCUGGCGGCCCUGGACGAGCGGCUGGAGCCCUGCUUCCCGGCCCUGCCCCCGGCGCUGAGCGGCCCCGCCGGCGGUCUCUGGGCCCUGCUCUUCCCCCGCUGCCCGGUGCUGGAGGAGGCCGAGCUGGAGGGGCUGUGCCGGCGGCUGGAAGCCUACCUAGGCUGGGCGUUGGAGCUGUGCGGCCGCAAGGCGCUGCUCGACUCGCUCUUCACCCAGGAUCGGGGCGAGGAGGAGGAGUACUUCGAGAACCUGCACGAGUUCCGGAGGAAGGCGCUGAAGGCGCAGCUGGCGGCCGCCAAGGAGGCUCUGCGGAGGAUUCUCCAUCGGCACAAAGACGCUGACACCCUGGUAGCCUUAAUGGAGGUUUACGAGGAGGAAGAUGAAGCAUAUUGGGAGCUGGUUACUGUGGCAACCACUUUCUAUCAAUAUUUGCUGCAGCCGUUCAGAGAUAUGCGAGAACUGGCGACAUUAUACAAACUGGAGAUCCUGAAGUCCUUACAAGCGGAUAGGCUGGGCCCGAGAAGGAUAGAAGCCUUGCAGAAGGAGGCAGAGGAGUGGACUGCACAGGUGGAAGAAGCCAUGUGCUCCAUCCAAGACAUCACUGUCAACUACUUCAAGGAAACGAAGAUGGCACUAGCAGCGAUGCAUAAACAGAUGGAGCAGGACCGCCAACGGUUUGGCCAAGCCGCCUGGGCAUCGGCUUCUCCGCGACUAGAGAACCUCAAGUACCUUUUAGCCAAAGAGACCCUUCAGCAUAUGAGAGCGAAAGAACUAUGCCUCAACCACAAGAGAGCUGACAUCCGGAAACAAAUGGAGGCCUUUGAAGAGCAAGAAAACGACCUGACGGGACUCGAAGAGCUGGAAAUCGAAUAUUACGAAACCCAGCUGGAGCUCUACGAGGUGCAGUUCGAGAUUCUGAAGAACGAAGAAAUGCUGCUCGUCACGCAGUUGGAAACGUUGAGGCGGCGGAUGAAAGAAAUUCAAAACGAAGUGAUUUAUUAUGAUACCUGCGAAAACCCAGAUGAGCUGCAAGCCUCCGAAGAAGCGCUGGAGCAAACCCACACGCCUUCCUCCGAAAUGGCCCAGCUGCGGCGGAAGGCCCAGCAGUUGGAGACAAAACGUGGGAUUAUCUGUUCAAGGAGAGCUUAUCUCAGGAACAAAAAGGACUUGUGUGAAGAGAGCCGCCAUCUAAGGCUUCAGCAGGCAGAAGAGAGCGCUCAACGUUUCCAGGAACAUCACAGCAUCCAGAUUAAAAGAGACAAAAGGAAAGAAGAGGAGAAAAAGAAGAAAGCAUGGAUAAAGCAGGAGCGUCAGAAAACCCUGGAGAGGCUAAAAACCUUCAAAGAGAAAUGUCCAGCUCAGUUUGUGCUGAAGACUUCCCGCUCUCAGCCUCUGAACUCCAAGCAGCGGCAGGGCUCGUCCCGCCAGGCGCCAGCCCCCCCUCCUCAACCUUUGUCAGUAAGCAAGACGCCUGUAAAGCAGACCAGGAACUCCCACCCUGCACCAGACAAAGGGGUCAAAGCGCCUCGUCGGAAGCCACCAGCAGAUAUUCCUGUCCAGAUUUUUCUUCCGCCUUGCGACCCAAAACAGAAGAGCAAUGAGGGGGGAGCAGCGCUACUUCCCCCACCCCCUCCCCCACCUCCUCCUCCUCCACCGCCACCACUACCUCCUCCGCUUCCGGGCACUCAUCCCAUUUGCUUAAAGUUGACACCAGCUCAAGGCGAGCCCCUGCCCCUUGCAUGUGAAGACCCUCCCAGAGAAAGCGCCUCCGGAGAAGAUGCGCACAAUACGUCGAAGCAUGCAGCAAGUCAUUAUACAGGAUCCAUGGAUGAGGUUCUGGCUUCGCUCAAGCGCGGCGAGAUCCUUCUUCGUAAAGUGGAGCCGUCCUCUCCGGCUCCUCCCUCCAGCUCUUCCCCCAACGACAACAUCCUGGCAGCUAUCAGGAAGGGAGUGAAGCUGCGGAAAGUCAGCCAGGAGCCCAAGAAAGAAGGCGAGAGAAGAUCCGAAAACGAGCUGGAGAGAAGUAUCAAAGCUGCCAUCCAGAGAAUUAAGAAAGCAUCCGCUGAUUCAGAAGAGGAGGAAAGCAAUGAGCACAACAGCGGGGAGUGGAACAGCUAACAGAGCAGCUCUCAGACUUUUCUCAUUGAGAAGAUCAUGAGUGAUCGAUAGACUUCCCAGAAAAUAUGUUUGCAGUGCACAGCUGUAGGAGAGAUUUUGGCAUAUGUACUAGAACAUGCUGUGUCCCUGCAGGGUGGCGCUGAGCCCUGGAUGGAACCCUGCACAAACUCAAGCAUUGCCGUAGAAAGUGUCCCAGACUCGUUUGCACUGGAGGGGAAGUGAAUCUGUAGAAGGGAUUCCUUCCCCCCAAAGGUGGGAACUUUGAAAAACCAAUGUGUUUAACGGUCAUAGAAUGGCUUGGUUGUAUAGAGGUUCUGCACACUUACAGGAGGUGAGAUCGAACUCUUUCAGAAGCUGAGAGGAUGGUGUUUGAAUUUCACGUGAUUGCCCAGCAACAAAGACGGUAAUUGGAACAGUUUAAAUUGCCAUCUAAGGCUCUUCAUAAUCAGUGAGACACACUAAUAAUCAGUCAUCAAGUUUACUGGCUAUUGCGCAUACUCGAACUAUGGAAAUGAACUGCCGCUUGAAGAUAGACUGCUGCAUUGUACACCAGGAAAUUACCUCCAAGUUGAAAUAGUUCAAAAAAAUUCAGCCGUGGUAUGGGCAUAGAGUGGCUGGAAGUUUAAAUGAAGUGCUGUUCCUCAAAAUGAUGAUAGGAGUUAUAAUUUGGUAUUUACACAGGCAGAGAGGACAUACCACCAUAACAGUGUUUCUUGUUCAAGUAAGCACUUCUCUGUUGGGCCAUUAACAAUGCCCUUUUUUGAUUAAGAACAAAUAGAUGAUUUUUAAAAGUAUUGUGAACUGUGACCUCUACACAGAUUGAGUGAAGUGGGGUGUGGGGGG